AUGGGAAAACAUAAAGAAUGGCGCAAAUUUGUUAAGAGAGAACGGAGAAGAAAAAUUCGUACUCAAAAAGCUAAAGAAAGAGAGUACAUCCCAUUUGGAGAUUACGAAGAGUGGCACAAGACACAAGAAGCUAUAGAGCAAUUUGAGAUUGAGCAGAUAGAAAAAGCUAAUAAAAUAGAGAAUGAGAAAUGGUUUAAAGCUGAGCAAGAAUCAAUGGAGCAGUGGAGAGAACUUCAGACUAAGAAUGAGCUGUUGCUUCAAAAGAAACUUCAACAGCAAGCUAAGUUAAAAUUAGAAUGGGAAAAAGAAAAAGAAAAGAGAAGGCUAGAUGAAGAGAGGUUAAAAGAAAUUGAAGAGGAAAACAGAAAAAGACAAGAGCUCUUUAUAAAUAAUUUAGAAAAAUUUUUAAGUGGAGAUUUAGUAGAACCUCCGAAAGAGUUGUUAAUUUUAUAUGAAAGUAAACCAAAUAACCCACCAUGCCCAUUUUUUACAAAAACAGCUUGUUGCCGUUUUGGUGAUGAAUGUUCUCGUAAUCAUAUAUACCCUGGUAUUAGUAAGAUACUUUUAGCUACAAACAUGUUUGGACACUUUGGCUUAGAAAAUGCAAAUUUCAAUGAGUAUGACACAGACAUCAUGCUUGAAUAUGAUGAUAGUGAUACAUAUAAAGACUUCCGGGAUUUCUUUUUUGAUAUAUUACCAGAAUUUGAAAAGUUUGGCAAAGUGGUGCAGUUAAAGGCAGAGGAAAUAGGACUUAACUUUUUUCAUUGGGAAGUCCAUGGAAUGAUAAAUAUAAGAAGAGAGUAUGCAGAUUUGCGAAAUGCAGUUUCGGCUUACAGAGCUCUGCAUGCGCGUUGGUAUGGAGGGAAACAACUGUCUCUCCAGUUUUGUCAGCUUGCUUCAUGGAAAAAUGCUAUAUGUGGUCUACAAUCUAGCAAAAGAUGUCCAAAGGGCCGCACUUGUAAUUUUCUUCAUGUUUUUAAGAAUCCAAUAACAUUACAACUAGACGAUAUACAAAUAUCUGAAAGACAUAAACAAUAUUCGCGUUCCUGGAGAUGGUCAGAGUCACCUGACAGAGAGAUAUCGAGAAAACCUAUGAACCAAGAAAUAGAAAGCAAAGAUAGAAUCAAACAAAAGGAUCGAGUGAGGGAGAGGGACAAAAAUAUGGAUAGAGAGACGGAAAAUAAUAGAGCGAGAGAUAGGAAAUCCGAAAAGAAUAAAAUCAAUGACAGAAACCGUCAUGGAGAUUCUUCUCGUCGUCGUCGUAGAUACAAAGAU